AUGUAUGUAUGUAACCACUGUACACUUUUGGAUCACAAAAUCAAAACAGUUCCUGCGGGAUCCAAAGAAAGAAGCGAUUUCAUCAUAGAAAAAAAAAUUCAUAAGAAGAGAGCAAAUGCAUUUUAUCAGCUCAUGAAACAGAACGUAGAUGAUUCUGUGAGCUACUGUUUUGAUUUACAACAAAUCCAGCCUCUACCAAAAACGCCCGUGCAGGAAGCAUACUACUCAAGACAAAUUGGAUUUUAUAAUUUCUGUGUAGUAGAUGUGAAAGGACUAUACCCAAAGUUUUACUGCUGGACUGAGGAACAAGCUGGGAAGGGGAGUACAUAA